GGCGCGGGGCGGCGGGAGCUGCGGGAUGGGCCGGAGGCCGGCUGCGAGUGGGAGCAAGCAGGAAGUGGAGCGCGGGCCGCCCGGGGAGGGAGCCGCCCGGCGAGUUCAGGCUGUUGACAGGCCCGAGCGCCCCGCGACAUGGAGGAGGCCGGCGGAAGCGCAGGAAAUGACCGCGUGCGGAAUCUGCAGAGUGAGGUGGAGGGCGUCAAGAAUAUUAUGACCCAGAAUGUGGAGCGGAUUCUGGCUCGUGGGGAGAACUUGGACCAUCUCCGCAACAAGACAGAAGAUUUGGAAGCUACGUCUGAGCACUUCAAGACAACGUCACAAAAGGUGGCCCGGAAGUUCUGGUGGAAGAAUGUGAAGAUGAUUGUCCUCAUCUGUGUGAUUGUUUUUAUCAUCAUCCUCCUUGUGGUGCUCCUUGCCACUGGUGCCAUCCCCACUUAGGGAGCCCCUCCUGCUCCACUUUCCUCUUCAGGGGAAACCCUACAUAAUGAAUGCCAAGAGGUGCCCUCUCCUAUCCUCCUCCACAGGAAUGCUGCUUGGUCCCAUGAGUAGCCAUUGUACACCAUAGAAGCACGUUGAUCUCCUGCAAGGAGACAGAUGAACUGUGGCUCUAUCUCAUGGGUCCUUCGAGUCGGUUGGAGAGACCCAGAGGUCCCUGCGUGUGGCUGGGAGACUGUUGGUGGCUGGUGGGCAAUAAAGAUCUUUCAGUACCCCAA